AUGAGCGCUCCUCCUUCUACCUCGGACACUACUAUUCCUACCACCACCACGAGCGCUCCUACUUCUUACUCCUACCACCACCAUGAGUGCAAAUACUUCUACAACAGAAACUACUACUCCUACCACCACCUCGAGCACUCGUAUUUCUACCACAGACACUACUACUCCUACCGCCACCACGAGUACAACUCCUUCUACCACAGACACUACUACUCCUACCAACACCACGAGAGCUCCUGCUUCUACCACAGACACUACAACUCCUACCAGCAUCACAAUUACUCCUACCGCCAACAGGAGCGCUCCUACUUCUACCACAGAAACUAUUACUCCUACCACAACCACGAGCGCAACUACUUUUACCACAGACACUACACAAGUGCUCCUACCUCUACCACAGAAACUACUAUUCCUACCACCACCCCGAGUGCAACUACUUCUAACAUAGAUACUACUACUCCUACCACCACCACGAGCAGAAACUACUAUUCCUACCAUCAACACGAGCGCUCCUAUUUCUUCCACAGACAAUACUACUGCUACCUCCACCACGAGCACUCCUACUUUUACCACAGAAACUACUACUCCCACAACCACGACGAGCGCUCUUACUUCUACCAGAGAAACUACUACUCCGACCACCACCACGAACACUACUACUCCUACGACCACCACGAGCAAUCCUACUGCUACCGCAGAAACUACUACUCCUACAUCCACCCCGAGCGUUCCUACUUCUACCAAAGAUACUACUACUUCUACCACCCACACGAGUGCAAAUACUUCUACCACAGACACUACUACUCCUGCCACUAUCAUGUGCAUUACUACUGCUGCCACCACAACGAGCACUCCUACUUCUACAACAGAGAUUACUACUCCUACGACCACCACGAGUGCCACUGCUUCUACCACAUACACUACUACCCCUACAACCAACACGAGAGAAACUACUUGUACCACAGACCCUGCUACACCUACCCCUACCACGAGCGCUCCUUCUUCGACCACUGA